GCGAUGGACGCGCGAUCCCGGCGCCCUCCGGGGUGACGUGCGGUGCCGGGGCCGCGCUCGGGCGCCGUAGCCGCUAUUAUGGCGUCUGGGGCGCGGGCUGAGGAGAGGCGGCCGUAGUCUCCGUAGGGCGAGGCGCUGGCGGCCGGGCAUGGAGAGCGGCCCCACGAGCCCGCAGCCGCUGGGACACGGGGUGGCGACCACACCAGCGCCGGAGGACCGACAAGAGAACCGGCUUGCAGCGGCAGACGGUCCCCGGGCGCGGGCGACGGAGAGCGGCGGCGCGGGCGGGCAGGGGGCGGCGGCCGGCACGGGGAGCUUCUUCGACCCCGCGUCUCCCGCGGGCUCCUCCUCCUCCACCUCCUCCUCCUCGGCCGUCCCGGGCGCCGACUCGAGGGAGCCCGCAGAGGAGAGCGCGGCGGCGCCGGCGGGAGGGCGGCGGGAGGUGACCGCCCGGCCAGAGCCAGCUGCGGCCGGGGACGCGCGCACCUGCCCCGAGGAGCCCCGCCGUGCCCGCGGCGCCUGCAGCAGCGGCAGCGACCCGAGCCCGCCCGAGGACUCGCCGAGCCUAGACUCCCUGGAGUCCUUCUCCAACCUGCACUCUUUCCCCAGCAGCUCCGAGUUCAACAGUGAGGAGGGCGCGGAGAGCCGGAUCCCCGAGGAGGAGCAGGAGGGCGCGGCGGGGGCGCCCGGGGCUGCGCCUCUGUGCCGGGGGGAGGACGAAGACGACGCCGCACUGGGGCCAGCGGCCACCAAGGAGCGCUUCCCCGGGCAGUCUGUGUAUCACAUCAAGUGGAUCCAGUGGAAGGAAGAGAACACACCCAUCAUCACCCAGAAUGAGAACGGGCCCUGCCCUUUGCUGGCCAUCCUCAAUGUUUUGCUUCUGGCCUGGAAGGUGAAACUCCCCCCAAUGAUGGAAAUCAUCACUGCUGAGCAGCUGAUGGAAUAUUUAGGUGAUUAUAUGCUUGAGGCAAAGCCAAAAGAAAUUUCAGAAAUUCAGCGUUUAAAUUAUGAACAGAACAUGAGUGACGCCAUGGCGAUCCUGCAUAAGCUGCAGACAGGCCUGGAUGUGAACGUGAAGUUCACCGGUGUCCGCGUGUUUGAGUACACGCCAGAAUGUGUGGUGUUUGACCUGCUCGACAUUCCUCUGUAUCACGGGUGGCUGGUGGAUCCCCAGACCGAUGACGCUGUCAAGGCAGUGGGCAGCUGCAGCUACAAUCAGCUGGUGGAGAAGAUCAUCUUCUGCAAGCAGUCAGACGACAGCCAGCUGGUCAGUGAAGGCUUUGUAGCUGAGCAGUUUCUAAACAAUACAGCCACUCAACUGACAUACCAUGGAUUAUGUGAACUAACGUCAGCCGUUCAGGAGGGAGAGCUCUGUGUGUUCUUUCGGAAUAAUCAUUUUAGCACCAUGACCAAACACAAGGGUCAGCUGUAUUUGUUGGUAACAGACCAGGGUUUUCUGACUGAAGAGAAAGUUGUGUGGGAAAGCCUUCACAACGUAGAUGGCGACGGAAACUUCUGUGACUCAGACUUUCAUCUGAGGCCUCCUUCAGAUCCUGAAACUGUUUACAAAGGGCCACAGGAUCAGAUUGAUCAGGACUAUCUCAUGGCAUUGUCUCUGCAACAAGAACAGCAGAACCAGGAGAUCAAUUGGGAAGAGAUCCCAGAAGGGAUCAGUGAUUUGGAGCUGGCGAAGAAGCUCCAGGAGGAGGAAGACAGACGAGCUUCCCAGUUCUACCAGGAGCAGGAGCGGGCAGCGGCUGCUGCUGUCUCGGCACAGCCCCAGGGCCAGUCGGCUCAAGCUUCUCCAUCAAGUGGAAGACAGCCUGCGAUUAGUGACCGGAAACGGAAGGAACCUCGAGAAAAAGAUAAAGAAAAGGAAAAGGAAAAAACCAACUGUGUCAUUUUGUAACAAGUAGUGGAUUCUAAAGGAACCACCUGCAGUAGGUGUCUUGAGAGACAAAACCACAGAGGGCAAGGAACAAACCCGAUAAAUACCGUCUGUGCCUGAUUUCCCGUGGGUCUCUGGCCUGUGCUUCAGGGGAACAGUUGUUACUGUGUUACAAUCAGACUUUUUAAGUCACAACACUUCUGAGCUGGAGUUUCCUGUUACAAGGUGGAAAUGCUGUGUGCUGUCAUUUAUGAAAAAUACUGCACUUGCAGCCAAGUAAGAAAAUCACAGCAAACUCUGUGUCACAGUGACAUUCAUAAUUCUUAUCAGUUAGUAAGCUAUUUUAUCUUCUGUUCUAACAGUAAGUGGAGGUAAUUUAGUCAGAUUCCUUCCCAAAAUUUAAAUAUUAGCACAAUAAUUUCUCAGACUUUUAUAAUGUUAAAUUAUGAUCUAAUCCAUGAAAAUCCAGGGGUUUAAUAUAGAGAUUUUUUAAAAAAGGACAAAAAAUAGCAGGAAUAAAUAAUCCUUAAUUGUAUAUUGGACUAGUUCAGCCCUUGAACAGCUUUGCCUUUCUUUAGUAAUGUACAUUUUAGACCUUAUUGUGAGAACUGAGGCUGGAGCUUCGAAACAUUUAGAUAGAAAAAGACUUGUAUUUGUUUUCCAGUAACAAAGAUUUGCGUAACACUAAUACUUCUAACCUGUCCACAUACGGUCUUAUGACUUUGUAGGGUUGUGAGAUUUUAAGGAGUUCUGGAGUCUUCAGUAGGUCAGGUCAGCUGGACUCCAGCUGAGGUUAAUGCAGUGAGAGCGGUUAGGAAGGAAUCACAGUGCGGGCGAGGCCCUGGCCAGGCGCAGAGGGAGGAGAGCAGAUCUUGGUGCGGCUGUCUUUAUCUAGAAUAGCCUUCUAAUCCUGAAACUUUAAAUCAUGUUUAUUGCUAGAAGAUUAAGUAUACUUACUAAAGCCAACUAAAAAAGCACAUUUUCUAAAAGGAAGUUCGAGAUAAUCUCAGAGUGCAGUGAAAGACAAUAAAAAUUUGUGCGUAGAUGAGUUUGGAAGAAUUUAUGUAAAAGCAAUCAGAUUUUUUAACUUAUGAGAACCAAAUAAAUCUAAAGCGUAGUGUUUAUAGGAUUCAGAAAGAAUAUUUAUUUAACUUUAUUAUGAGGCAACACAUAUUUUCCUGUAUUUCUAAAUAUAGUUUUGGAAAAUAUCCUUAAUCCUUUUUAUAUACUUUAUAUUUAAGAUUUGUUUUAGUCAUUUUGAAAAGACUGUUGCUGCUCUAAUUAAUUGUGUGCUUUACAUUCUAAGCCUCAGAAAGUUUGUUUAAGAACAUCAAAAUCUGAUCUGAGCAUCUGGGAUGACAAAAAGACUCAAAAACACAGUGUAGCUGUCGUUCAGCUGUGUCCCUCACUGCCUGUGACCUGAGCUCAGCGGUGCGUCUGCCUGCGUAGACAGGAAAGCUGGAUUUCCAGGAGGGCCGACCCUGAGGCAGGGUGUCCAGGGCCAAGCCGCCCUCCCACAGAGCAGACCAUCAGAGACCCUAUUUGGGUAUGAAAGUGGGACGUGGAAUCCUUGUAAUUCUCUGCGUGGCUUUGCCUCCGUGUUGCCAAGUGGCCAGCGGGCAGGCAGCUCCCUCUCCUGCGGUGGGUGGCCUGGGCCCCGGCUGUGCCCCACACACAGUGGUGACCCCGUGACCAGCUUUACAGCCCAGUCCUCCAUCCUGGAAUCUGUGCAGAGCACAGCAUAGGCAUCCUCUUCUGGAAUGAUGUUCUUACCUAUUCUGCUUUUAGGAAUAUGUGUGAACUUAUUUGUGUUCUUAAUUGGUUCCAAAGAUAAUACUGCCAUUCUGUAUUCCCUCUAGAAAAAGAAGGAAAACAACAAAAACUCAAAACCAGCAGAGCUGCUAUCAGAUAAGUAGAUGUCAAUGUAUAGUGAUGAAAAGAAACUAAAACUGCAUUGUGUUUAAUUCUGUCUUUUUCUAUGUAAUAUUUCCAAGGCAGACUUUACUACAUUCCUAGAAUUCAAUUUGAUAUAUACCCAGAGUCACAAUGAUGAGAUGUUUGCUUUGCUUACUGUGGGGGAAAAUUAAACAUUCAAUUCUGUUAAAACAGA